CAUUCAGUCUCGUCUGUGAUGCGGCCGCGGGUGGCGUUCAAAGUGUUCGUGGCCUGACAGUAGGUGCCUACAAAUACACAUAUGUACAUAUAUAUAAAUAAUAAAAAUUAUAAAUUUAAAAAACAAUGACAAAGUUAAUUCAAAUGGUUUUUAAGAAAUGAACGCUGCUGUGUUUAAAAAGUAACCGGACAAUUUAUAAAUAAAGUGUUCACGCAUAAGAUCAUAAGCGUUGUAAUAUUUCCUAAUAAACUGCAAUUUGUGCGCUUAAAUAAUUCUACGAAGGGCACGUCGCCAAUGCAUAUUCUGUUAGAACGCCGUGUGAGAAUUAAGCAAAGUGAAAACCUAACAAUUAACAGAGUAUAAAUAAAAGCAAAACGCAAUGAAUUUCGCUGCCCACUGCACGUGUAAUUGCAAAUCACAAUAACAAAGUGAAGGUAAUUUCAAUAUUAAUUAAUAUGCGCUACCUCCUCUGGGCGCCAAAGCAAAUUAAGAACUAUGACGACGAUAUCAGUGAGCUCAACAGAGUCAACGGCUGAGGAAACGGAAUGUUUACUUGGAAAUGGUACGAAAACCUGGGGCAACACAAAUAUGGAUACAACACAAUCGAAAACUUCACAAAAAGCUGAUAUCAUCAGAUCACUGGGGAACCAUAAGAUAAACAAACAGACAGAAUCACAAUCAUGUGCGGGGCAGCAGAUAUUGAAAACUGCGGUAACAUCUUGUUGGCAAAAGUCAAUGCAACGUCUCACAAACACCAACAAAGCAGGCAGUCCGCCGGCCAAUUACUGCAAUUGGUCGUAUCGGAUGCUACGCCGAAAGCAACUGUUGUUGUUACUCGCUCUGUUGAUCUUCAUUGUUUAUUUGAGUAGCUCGAUGAGCAAUAAUGAUUAUGCCGAUGAACGCAUUCCCGUCCUGCACUAUUCUCACGUGCCUGGGAUGAAGGUCUCCACCAACUCGACACUGUAUCCAGCCAGCACGCUGCGGUCUAACAAAAGUGUUGAUGCAAAGCCUUUGCAGACACCACCGACCGAUACUGAGCUACCAUUGCCAGCGACCCCAACACCGACUCCCGAACUUAUUGAGGCAUCAACCUUUGACCAAACAACACAUACCGCAGAAUCUUUUAACGAUUCGAAUUCUGAAAAUCCUUUCACUAAUGACACAUAUAAAAUAAUGCGACCACCCACAGGUUAUCUUGUCUGGAGUGAAUCCUGUCGAAUACCGGACGUGGAUGUGCAUGCGCCGGACAUGAUGCAACAUUUCAAACGUGAGAAAUACAAGCCCUGUUCAAAUAAAAAGCCGCUCACGACAGUUGUUUACAACGCAACAUCACGGGAGUACGUGCUGCAGAUUGAAGAGAGUGAAAUCAAAUCAUUUAGUAAAUCUGGACGCAUCCAUUGCUGUUAUCAGUCCAUAAUGCGCAAUGGAACCGGCAUCAAAGCGGAUGUAGACUAUAAACUUAGUAAAUGUGUUCCUUUUAAGAAAAGUGUUUCUUUAUCGCCUUCUAUCGAAAGCAUUUUAGUACAAUGUGAUUCUAAUAAGCGAAAUGUGUAUAAGAAUGGGCAUCCAUUGAUAAACGACAAGCCCAAAGUGCGGGAGCGUUUAAAAGCUUGGAAAACGAAAGAUGCUGAACAUGGUCGACAAAAACCGCCCAGCAUUCUAAUGAUCGGCAUCGAUAGUAUAUCUCGUGUAAAUUUAAUAAGAGCCAUGCCGAAGACAGCCCAACACCUAUACGACAACGAUUGGUUCGAAUUAAGUGGCUACAAUAAGAUAGACGACAAUACAUUCCCGAAUUUUAUGGCUGUACUUGCUGGUUACAAUAAAAACAAUACCAUUACGAAAUGCCCUCCAACUGUUUUGGGUGCCUUAGAUAACUGCAGCUUGAUCUGGAAUACAUUUCGCGAACACGGCUAUGUGACAGGUUAUGGCGAAGAUGCAGCAGAAAUUAGUACAUUCAACUACUAUAAAGUGGGAUUUACGAAACCGCCCGCAGACUAUUACUUACGUCCAUUCCAACUGGCUGCGGAACAUCAUUUGCAUAAAACCUACAAAUCUGGCCUCACCUUUUGCCUUGGCUAUCAGCAGUCGGCACAAUUCACUUUGGAUUACGCCAUUGAAUUUGCCACACGUUUCAAAGACGACCCACUAUUCGCUUUAUUUUGGGCCAAUUCUUUCAGUCACAACAACUUAAGUGACUGCUCGUCAAUGGAUGUCGUAAUACUCGACUAUUUGGAACGCUUAACGAAGUUAGGCAUACUGGAACGCAUGGUUGUUGUAUUCUUUAGUGACCACGGCCUGCGCUUCGGGCCUGCACGCACAACCGCAUCCGGACAUAUGGAGGAACGACUGCCAUUUAUCUUUAUUUGGUUGCCACAAUAUCUGAAACAAAAGUACCCCAGUUUUGUAAAUGCCUUAAGUGCGAAUAAGAAUCGUCUAACCACACCGUAUGAUUUGCAUAUGACCCUCAAGCAUUUGCUGAGCAUGUCUGAACGUGUUGAAGAUAAAUCCAAGUUUCUAACUUUGGCAGAAGGCUGCCAGAAUUGCCAAACGCUUUUAGAACCAGUGCCUUUGGAUCGUUCGUGUAACGAUGCAGAGAUCGCCGAACACUGGUGCACUUGUAUACCCUAUAAUAAGGUGUAUAAAAACUUGAACAUCAUACAAAAACUAGCCAAUUCUACGGUUAAUUACAUAAACGAACUAGUUCGUAACUUUCGAAAUGGCACAUUCGCAUCUCAAUGCCGCACUCUGCAGCUCAGCAGUGUCGUUAGUGCACACCGCUCUUAUGACGCUUUUAGACCGAAAGAUGCCAACGGCACUGCAUUGGACGUGUAUCGUCUUCACUUUGUUACAAAACCGAAUAGUGCCGAUUUUGAGGUGACGCUGCGCUACAAUCCAGAUACUGAAGCUAUCCACAUCACAGGUGAAAUAAGCCGCCUAGACUCAUAUUACAAAGAUUCGCAUUGCAUAUUGGACAGCUUCGUGAAGAAGUAUUGCUCCUGUGUCUAGCGCAAAACGACGUCGUCGACGGCAAAAAACAGCACAACGAACAAAGCGCACUGAUCAAUGUGGACCGCCUUCCAGCGUGGAGGGUAAAUAUCUCGUUUAAUAUGUAAUUUAUUUUGUACAUUAAUUAAGAAUAUAACAUUUUCGCACAGGAGCUAAUUGAUCAAUUAACUUUUGCUCGAUAAAAGCGCUGAUUUAGAUCGAUUUA